AUGAAAUUCGGGUGCGCACAGUAUUUACUCGAUAGCCUCUCCUCCAUGAGGAACAUCGCAAAAAGGUGCUGUCAGCUGACGGAAUACGACAUAAAAUACGUGCCCCACACGUCUAUCAAGGGGCGGGCAAUUGCCGACCACCUAGUAGAAUUCCCGAUCGACAACGACACGCCGAUUAACACGGACUUCCCGGACGAAGGGAUCCUCCAGAUAGGUGAAGCGAAGGAGGAGCCAACAUGGAAGAUGUACUUCGACGGGGCUGUCAAUUCCGUGGGAUCAGGAGUUGGGGCAGUUCUGAUAUCCCCGGACGGACGCCAUUACCCGGUCGCUGCGAAAGUGGAUUUCUCCUGUACCAAUAACGUGGCCGAGUACGAGGUGUGCAUCCUCGGUUUGCAAGCGGCGAUCGAUUUCAAAGUGAAGGAGUUAGAAGUAUUCGGUGACUCCAUGCUCACAAUCUUUCAAACGCUGGGGCAGUGGAAGACGAAAGAUGCGAAGUUAGUCCCGUACCAUGAGUACCUUGCGGAAUUGGCAAAGAACUUUGAGAAGAUCUCAUUCACCUACACUCCACGCGCGAAGAAUCAGUUCGCGGACGCACUCGCAACACUCGCAUCUAUGGCGAGUAUCUCAGAAGGGGACAUCAUCGAACCUCUCGAAAUAGAAGUGGCCAAAGGCCUGGCCCACUGUAACGCAAUUGAAGCGUCCGAAGCGAAGCCGUGGUACGAAGACAUCAGGAACUUCUUGCAAACGGGGCAAUAUCCCCCAUUCUCCGAUCGCCGCGAUUGA